CCGCCGUAUAUAUGCAGAUUUUUCAACAUUUUCAAUGAAUAAAGUCCACUGAUUACUGACAAAUAUUUCUAAUCAUUUUUUUGAAGAUAAAAUGAUAGACCAGUCGACUCUGAUUUUCACAAGACCAAUCUAUAUAAAAAGCACUCUUGUAUGAAUAACUACCAUAAAAAUAUAGUAAAUUAUUGACACCCAUGUUUGGGCUCAUGAAAAUAUGGAAUUGCUGUUUUCCUCUACUGUUUGGAUCCUGUUGAGUAAAUGUGAUGAUAUUCAUGAGAAGGUUUCUUCCAUAUGCAACAAGAACUCUGUGUUUUGUUUUGCCAAAGGGUGGAAGAGAAGACCCCAGAUGUUCGGCUAGCAGAUAUAUACACUGGGGGUUCCUACUAUUUUCACUCUAUCUCUUGGCAGAGGAUUAGUCAUAGCAUAUUGGGUAUAAGCUUGCAGGUUCCUGGUUGAAAUCAACUCUAAUCUUGACCCAAAACUCAUGACACUAAUCAAACAUAUCAUCUCCCGUGUCAACUCAUGACCUACAAAUAUGAGACGGAGUAUUUUAUCCACCAAACAAAGACCUAUUGGAAAUGUUUUAUUGCACAUACAAGGUUAUCAAAACAUAUGUCAACUACUGUGUAAGAUCCGUAUGUGUAUCCCAAAGCUGUAUCACUUAGCCCUAAUUCCAUAUAUGAGAAUAUUUAUCUUGGAAAAAUAUAUUAAGAAUAUAAUGCUAGGAUAUAUCAAAGUCCUAAUCAUUACAUCUAAAGAGCUUACCAACAUAAUUUCUAGGAAGAAGGAUAAGAAAAUGCGGCCAGGCAAAACCUUAUAUACGUGGGAAGAAGUUAGAGUAAGCAAUUUGUAGCAACUAAGUUUGUUUUACUAUGUCUAUAAAGUGACUUAGCUUAGAAAUUAAGACGGGCAAAAACAUUCUUUACAAUCCAAUUUAAAAAAAAAAGGAUAUACUAUGCUCACUGGUCACCACACUAUUUGUUAGUUGGCUUAUACUAUGCUCACCGGUCACCACACUAUCUGUUAGUUGGCUUAAGUGGUGUUGUUGACGGAAAUAACAAGUACAAGGGAAAAUAUGCCAACAGUCACAAAAAUAACUAAUGUAUGAAUAAAUUACAUGUAGGAGGGAGGGGUACAUCUGAAAAAUGACUAGUAACAAAAUUGAGAAAUCUAAUUGAGCACACUAAAAAUGGCCCAAGUUCUCUCUUCUUUGGAGUGCUGCUUGAAUGUUGCUCAGGGGUAGGCUUGAAAUACAUACAAACACAAUGGGCUUGGUGGCCCAACCUGGUUCACUUAACAUUCAUUCUUAAAUGCUCAACUCUCAUCAGUUUAAGAGGAAAUCUGUGUAAAAGAGAAAGCACGUAAAUGCGGGAGGGGAUACCAAACCUGCAUAGAGGGCAAGUAAUAUAACCGGUUUCAGGAUGUUUGCUAUGAUAACCUGGGACCUUAAACCAGCCUGCAAUGCAUUUUGCAUGAAAUAUGUGGUAACAUGGCAGCAAUAUUGCCUCCUUGUGGCUCUCCUUGUGGAUAUGCUUCUUAGGAUUAGGGAAAAGUUCAUCCAUACAUUGGAGGCGAAUCAUGAGGCACUGCGGUUCGUACUUGCCAAAACAAAUUGCACAUGUUUUUCCUUCAUCCUCUUUUGCACCAACGCCAAGUUGGAAGAAAUCGUAGCCAUCCGGCACUACAAUUGGCAGAGGCAUUGGAGAUGACGGGUCGAAAACUUCCUCCUCCGGCUGCAACAGGAAAUCUUGAUACGGGGUCGGGGCACCUAGUAGCAAUGUUACAGAGAGUUGUAUUCUUACAGCAACCCCAAUUGAGAAUAACUUUGAGUUUGAGUUGGGGUUGUCAUUGAUGAGAAGAAUAAGCCGAUCACGACAUCCCUUUACCAAUACGCUUGCCAAGUCCUUCAGUCCGUCUCGGGAGACUACGGGCUCAAGGGGGGAGAGUACUUUAUCCGCAAUUAAAGUCAUCAGUUCUUCUUCUUCUUCUUUUGCAGAUCCUCCCCUGAGGAUCUUCUCCAACUCAAUAUUCUCCGCACAUUUGCCGCUCACGUCAACAUUCUCCUCAAUCCUAUACAUAAGUUGCUUGUUCCAGUCGGAUUCUUUCAUAUCCAACCACCAUGUCUUGCUAUAGGAGGUAGUCCGGUCCAAAUACAUCCUCACCAGAGACGAAUUUUUAAGAUCAGCACCGUCUUCUUCUAUGUCCAGGUCCCAUAGCAGGUCGUACUCCACUGCCAUGCUUAUCGACCGAGGAUGCCCAGGAUACUACUACUUAGAUGUCUCUGUUUAUCGCACGAAACGC